CAGCAUCAUCAGCAGCUACAGUGUGAAGCUUCGUCGUACGCGGACGCCAUUGUUUAUUUUUCUCCGUUGAGCAGAAAAUUUCCCUUCUCCCGGUCAAGUCCAAACCGGAAAAUAGUGCGUUUUCGAUCGGUUCCGUGGUGCACAGUGUCAAAGUGGUCAAGUUUGCAGUGAAAGUUACGCUGGUGGAGAUUGACAAAAAUCGUAGUCGCUUCCCGAGUAACGUAAUUGGCAAGAAGAGCAACGCGAAACAUAAAUCAUUAGCGACCAGUGAAAAAACGCAAAGUUCGCAACUUGAACAUUGUUCCACAGAAGAACGAGAGCGAGCAUAGCAUCGCGUAGGAAAAAAAUUACAUACAGUGAAAAAGUGCUAUAUUUUUCAAUGAAAAAUAUGUCUAAUGUUGUUUACCGAGUGCAAAAAAUUUUAAUCGGUAACGCAUAGUAUUGUCCAAAGAACAAAUUCACCAAACUCGUUAAGUUCAAGUGAAGAAAAGGAUCUACGGCAUGACAGCCAACUUGGAAGCGGCUGUGGGUACAGAAUUGGUUCCAGCUUGCACCAAGAAUAAUGCCAUCCUCCGAUGGAAGCGCGUUACCAAUCCGAGUGGACCGCAGCCACGACCCCGUCAUGGUCACCGGGCCGUUAACAUUAAAGAGCUGAUGGUCGUCUUCGGGGGCGGCAAUGAAGGAAUCGUCGAUGAACUCCAUGUCUACAAUACAGCUACCAACCAAUGGUACGUACCGGCCACGAAAGGAGAUGUUCCACCGGGCUGUGCUGCCUACGGGUUCGUCGUAGACGGAACACGCAUCCUGGUGUUCGGUGGUAUGGUUGAGUAUGGUAAAUACUCGAACGAACUGUACGAACUGCAGGCGACCAAGUGGGAAUGGAAGAAACUGAAGCCUAAACCGCCAGAGUCCGGGCUACCACCAUGCCGACGGUUGGGCCACAGUUUCACGCUGGUCGGUGAUAAGAUCUAUCUGUUUGGAGGCCUCGCUAACGAAAGUGACGAUCCCAAGAAUAAUAUUCCUAAAUAUUUAAAUGAUCUGUACAUUUUGGAGAUCAAAAAUAACCAGCUGCAGUGGGAGAUACCGACGACCUUUGGCGAGAGUCCACCGCCGCGCGAGUCCCAUACAGCCGUGUCGUGGUACGACAAAAAGUUGAAAAAGUACUGGUUGGUGAUCUACGGCGGCAUGUCCGGCUGUCGACUGGGAGAUCUGUGGCUGUUGGAUACGGAUACAAUGUCAUGGACCAGACCAAGAACGAGCGGUCCGUUGCCGUUGCCCCGGUCCUUGCACAGCUCAACCUUGAUCGGUAACCGAAUGUACGUGUUUGGUGGCUGGGUUCCAUUGGUCAUGGAAGAUGUUAAGGUGGAGAAACAUGAGAAGGAAUGGAAGUGUACUAAUUCUCUUGCUUGCUUGAAUCUCGAAACAAUGACCUGGGAGGAGUUAGAUCUGGAUACAGAGGAAGACAAUAUGCCACGAGCUCGAGCAGGUCACUGUGCCGUGGGCAUCCAUACGCGGUUGUACAUCUGGUCCGGACGCGAUGGCUACAGGAAGGCCUGGAACAACCAGGUCAGGGUUUGCUGCAAAGAUCUUUGGUAUCUCGAAGUAGAACGACCAACGACCGCAUCACGCGUCCAGCUGGUGCGUGCUUCCACCCAUUCGCUGGAACUUUGCUGGCCAUCUGUUCCCUCGGCAGCUCAGUACAUUCUCGAGGUUCAGAAGAUUCCCCAGCCUACACCACCACCUCCAGCGACUCCGACACCCGCACCGGUGCCGAGUAUAACUCCAACGGCGGCUGCUUCGUCGGCUAUUGUAUCUCCGGUGGUAUCAUUGGCAUCGCCAGUGGCAGGAUCACUGUCUCCAGCACAGUUGCCAGCAGGGCUCACCGCCGGAGAACCGUUGCUGCAACAGCCAAUUAUCAAAACUCUUCCGGGGCGUGCCGCUUCAUCUCCGAUUGCCGUUUCGCCAUCCCCCGUGGCGGUACAGGUGGCAUCACCACUUGCCGCCUCCGCUAGUCCCAGCAUCCACCAGAGUGCAGCACAAGUCAUCAGCAGUCCACUCCACAAUCCACCAGGUAUGCAAUCGCCAACUCCGGUCGCCGUGGCCAUUCCGUCAUCUCCCGUGCAUAGUGUCACCUCACCUACGGUGCAGCGCAUCGUAACUAAGGUCCAAACUCCCAAGCCAAUCCAACAGCAGCAGACACAGCAGAAGGUGCUAGGCUCGACAUCUGCUAUUCUGCAACAGCAGCCGACUCAGAUUAUUCAAACUCAAGUGCAAGCCGCAUCGAACCUGCAACAGCAGCAGCAGAUUACACAAAUCACUCAGCAGCCACAGACCAUUCGCGUGGUUAGCGGAACUGCUAUUUCCAACGCCCAACAGAUUGCGACUGGUGGCGGAACACCGAUUCGAGUGUUGUCGUCUACCGGCCAACAGGUACGCAUUGCCACUCAGCAACCAUUGGUCAGUGUUAGCACGGCCACCGGACAGCACACGGCAACCGUCCUUCGGGGCCAAAACAUUGUAACCGCUGGAACACAUCUGCAAACCCAACAGCGUAUCGUCAGUGCUCCUGGAUCAACGACGACGACAGCCACCAUCGGCGGUAAGCAGAUCAUUCUACAGAAACCAUUAACUAUUGUUGGCGGUGCUGGUGGUCAAGCAACUGGAACAAUCAAUACCGCUGGUGGUAUGACAGUUAAUCAGCCACAAAUUGUAACACUGGUUAAAACUAGCCAAGGCAUGACGGUACAAACCUUGCCAAAAAUGAACGUACUUCAAAAGGGAACUACGAUGGCAGGAACACUCCAACAGCAGCAAAUUGUCACUUCCAACAUACUCGGAGGAAGUGGUACAAUUCAACAGGGUCAAAAAACUGCUGUCAUCGGUGGUAACGUGGUUAAGUUGAUGUCAUCGACUGGAACGAUAGGCGGUAAGCAGAUUCUCAUGAAGAAUCCGAACAUAGUACAAGUGGGAAAAGUCGGUACUAAUGUUGCUGGUAAGCCAACCCUGGUUAUUACAAACAAAGCUGGUCAGCAGAUUCGAAGCAAUCAACAGGUAAUAGUAAUGACGUCUCCACAAGGCAUCCGAACAGUGGGUGGAACCAUCACAUCCUCAGCAAACAAUUACGUUACACUUUCGACAUCACAGAUGAUGAACACGAUUACAACUUCACGUGCCACCACAAUUGGAGGAGCAACUAUUUUACAGGCUGGUACAGCUGGUGGAAUAGGAACAACCGCUAACAUUGGUGGUCAGGCAAUUAAGCUUCGAGCUGUGCAGGGAGGUAAACCCAUCACAUUCACCGUUCCAGUUGGUGGACUCCAGGCGGCCGGACAAAAAAUUAGUGGCACGCAAAUCAUCAACAUGCCGCAAAAAGCGCUAACAAUUGGUGGUAAGGCAGUAACCGUUCAAUUGGCACCUUCGGCUGGAGGGCAAAAAACCGUCACCAUCGUUCCAUCAUCUGCCGGUACGGGUGGAGGAAUUGGUACAGUUGGUGGUCCCGGACAGCAGAAAAUCGUGAUGCUACCAUCGAAAACGACCACUCGAAUCGUUACGCAGCAGCAGUAUCAACAAAUACAGCUUCAACAACAACAAGCUCAACUUCAACAUCAGCAGCAACAACAGCAACAGCAAGAACAGGUAUCCACUGAUGCAGCCUUUGCCGCAUUAGCAGCGGAAGCUGGUUUGAUUGAGAACGAUGGCGAUCAGAUAGAGCAGAUGGACGGUUGUUUUGAUCUGAUUGAAGAGGACGAAGAAAUGGAAACGGAGCAAAACCAGCAAAUGGCCUGGCCCAUCAUUGAUCAGAUGGACGGUUGCAAUGAUCUUUUGUUCUCCGACGAAGAAGAAGAUAUCGACAUGAAGGAAACGCCCAGGGGGACACCGCGUUUCGUACGUUUAGGUCUGUUUGGUGGAGCGGCUGCAUUCGAUAAUCAAAACCCCUCCGGUGACUCACAGGAGGAGGAACAGGAUCCAUUGGGACAAGCGGAAGCAGUUGCAGCAACUGAUGGUGCUCUUCCAGUUUCUGAAGGUAAUGAUCCGGAACCACAGCCGCAGGAUACAAGUGCUGAUGAACAAAUGGAUCAAAGUCAAGAGGAAUCUGCUGCAUCAAUCACAUCAGAGUUGCAACAGGCGGGGCCAGAAGAGGCAAGUUCGGCAGACGCACUGGCAGAACAGGAACAUCAACCGCAGCAGCAGCUACUGGCAGGAGAAGGUGCGAACAGUGAUGACGUUGAUCCAAGUCAAGCUGCUACUGAGCCAGAGCAAGCAACGGAAGCUGAGGAAAGUGCCACCGGCGACCAAACGGCGGAUGUGUCAAUGCAGGACACCACAUCCGGCGGAAUAGAGGACCCAGCCGAACCGGCACCGACAGAGAACGCAACCUUCGGUAAUCCAAACGACGACAGCACAGCAACAAUGGAGCAGCAUGAGCAACCAGAUAAGGACGAACCUGUAACCGUUGCACCGACAACCGGGGAGGACAAUGUCACGGCACUGCUAAAUGCAAGUACCGUAACUACAGCUUCCGGAACAGCGACUCAACUGAUGGACACCACCGACGGUGGCAGCGGUUUGACCACAAUGAUGGUCAGUGUGAACAGUGCUCCCACGGCUUCAGAAACAGAAGCAGCCAACAUUCUGACUACCAUUAAAAGUGGAGAACUGUUGUCUUUGCAGAAUACCGACUUACUUGCGGCAGCCGGGUCGGGUGGAGACAAUAUCAUUCAAUUGAACAGCGGAUUGCUACAGACGAGGGGUACUAUCGAUGAUUUUACUCGAACUAUGUCGUUCGAUAACCGCACGAUCACAUUUAAAACGAGUGGUGCUGGCAACGAACUGACUCCGGUUACAACGGAUGGAAAUCAAUUUCUUUCGCAAAUUCCCAGUGGUGCCAUGGUAAAAUCAGAAGACAAUUCUGCCGGCGGUCACCUAGAUGCUCUAGCCGAAGCGGCCGCGUCAGCCACUUCCGUACCGUCCGAUCUGCUGAACACGACAAAUCCAUCGAGUGCUUCUUCUUCCUCCUCGCUCUCCGGUGCACUUACUAUUGCUGUGGCGUCUCCUCAACAGCAGCAAUCGACAACGACGACGAUUAAAUAUUUCGAUGCUAACUCGAAACAGUUCACGCUGUCGUCGCCGUUGCUUCAGUCUCCAGUUAAUCCUCCGGCGAACAUUCUGAGUAACAGUAACGGAACUAGUGUAGGUACUGCCGUUCCCACUGUGGUGACUACCAUCCAAGGCAGUACUGCUGCUACCACGGGUAAAGGGACUGCUCUGGCGAAAACUGUUCGAGCUGUGGCUAAAACGAAGGAUGAAAAGGAGGAGAACAAAAUUGUCAGGAUAAAGGAUGAAUCGGAAAAGUGGUACACAGUCGGCGUCUUCAAGGGUCUCUCUCAUACCGUAUCGAACUACGUAGAUUUUGAUGAAUGGAACUGUCUGUACGACGGUGACACGCUGACCGCGGACAAUCUACCCGAUCUGACCAAGUUCAAACGGAUAAACCUGGAACCGGGGUGUGCCUAUCGAUUCCGUGUCGCCGCUAUCAAUAGCUGUGGCCGAGGUGAAUGGAGUGACGUUGCACCAUUCAAAACCUGCCUACCGGGCUUCCCGGGAGCACCAUCCGCCAUCAAAAUCUCCAAAUCGCCCGAGGGAGCUCAUCUGUCCUGGGAACCUCCACCAUCGACGACGGGCGAUAUCUUGGAAUACUCAGUCUAUCUAGCGGUCAAAUCGCAGAACACGAAAGAUAAGACCAAUCAGUCCGCGCAGCUUGCUUUCGUGCGGGUGUACUGCGGACCGAAUAACCAGUGUACCGUUCCAAAUCAGUCCCUGCUCACGGCGCACGUUGACUACACCUCGAAGCCGGCGAUUAUAUUCCGCAUAGCGGCACGAAACGAUAAGGGUUACGGUCCGGCGACUCAAGUCAGGUGGCUGCAAGAUCCUCAGUCAGCCAAGGGAUCACCAGCAACCGGAGCUGGAGCGAGUUCCUCCCCGUCGGCGGUGAAACGACUUAGUGACAAGAGUCCUUCGACGACGGCAAAGCGGGCAAAAACGGGAGGAAACGCAUCGAUGAUCGUUUCACCCACGUCGAUGCAACCGCAUUGAAGAUAGGAUUAGGUAAUAUAACGACGAGUAAAAUGAUCAGAACAUUGUGUAAAAAGUCAACCAUCUAGCAGUUAAGACAGAUUUAUCAACAAACAUAACACCUACGCAUUACGAACUCUUGACGGAGUGUAAGAUCUUUUUUCUGAUAGUUCGCUGAGUGUGAUCCUUUUUCGUGGAUGCGAAUGUAAGAUUGGUGUGUACGUAUUUUGUUCCUGACAUUUUGGCUGCAUUACCCUAAUAGAUUUACUCCUCCAACAGUACGAAAAAACAGGAUAGGUUUUGGUUUUUCACGACUUAUGGAGUAUGAGGAAAUCGUUAAAUUUUCGUAAUGCGUAAUGAAAUAAACUAUUAACCAGUUUUAAGACAAGAGAAACGAUAAAUAGUUAAUAAUAAUCUUAUAACUAGUAUACAGCAAAUCUCUAGGGCGAGAUAGAUUAAAUUUCACUAAGUUUUUCUCCUUCAUUUUUUAUGAUUGAUCGAAAGCAAGCGAAUAGAUUAUUAUGGACAUAGUAAAGCAGUAAGUAGGGUAAAGGUAAACCACUGUAAAACUAGGAUAUAUUGCUCUAAAUAUGCAUUGGCGAAUAGUGGUGUAUCUUGUAUGCAGAAUGUAAUUGGAUAAAAAUUACAAUGAGCAAGCAUAAUUGCAUAAUGUUGAUCCAAGAAUUAAAGUUGAAUCAUUUACAAUUACAAUAUCAAAGAAUCACAUUCGAAGUGAUUGAAUUGUCAUCGAAAUGUUUCAUUAUGCAGUUUCAUCCGAUCAAUCUUAUGUUCAUUAUUUGCCCGCGCAAUUUACAUACCAGUUUUUUUUAUUUCCGUCAGUACUCGUAAGGAUCACAUUUAAUUAUCCAUCAAAUACGUCAUAAGCAGUGUGUACAAAGAAAAAAUGAACAGAAAUGAAACGAAUAAUCCGAAAUAAUGUUUAACUCUUUCUAAAAGAAUGCAGAAUCUAGAAGUGUAGUGACAAAAUAUAGGUGAAACCCUUUAUUAUACAUUAAAAAGCGUGUGGAAAAAUAUAUAAACCUUAUAUUAAUACGAGUAUAUAAAAUGACUAUUUCAAUCGCUGUUGUGAUUUCCUACUAACGAAAAGAGAAAUGAUAUAAUUUUUGUAGUGUAAAGUUUUAUUUUUUCUUUGCCCGGGUAAUAGCAAAAAACUGUCAGUUUUGCUUCGGAAGUUGUGUAAAUUACAAACAGUUUUUGAGACGCAACUUUUUUUUCGUUCUUUUUUCGGAAAAGGUAAUAAAACAAGAUAUUUGUUAACAGUGAA